UACGUUGCCCAACCCCGGGCCCCGACCUAUCCCAUUCCCUCUCUCUCCCUCUCUCUCUCUGUCUGUCUAUCGCUCCCUCUCUCUUCUUGCUGUUAACGAAGCAGACUAGCGAAAGAGAGCAGUAGGUCCACUAUUCAUUUAGUAGGAGCUUCAGCUUUAUCAUCUCCCUGCCUCUUCUUUCUUUCUUUUAUUAUUGCAGCUUUAUCAAACCUCUCGAAAGUCUAGCCUACACCCCCCAGAUCUCAAAAGUCUCUCUCUCCCGCGAACCACCCAAACCGACAACCCACCUCCAUUCCCAUUCAACUGAAUACAAAUCAAACGUACCCAAUAUGGAAAAUUGGUGGGAUAUUCUGCUAUUACUCACAACAAUCUUGUUUUCAGCCGUUACAUUCUUACGCUACAAGAAAAGAUCAUGCGAAAGGAUUUACAAAGUCCCACUUCCUUUAGGGACUCUGGGGUGGCCCUACAUCGGCGAAACCAUCGAAUUCAUCUCUUGUGCCUGCUCGGAUCGACCCGAGAAGUUUAUGGACAAACGCCGUCGUAUGUACGGGAAGGUGUUCAAGUCACACUUAUUUGGGAGCCCCACCAUUGUUUCAACAGAUGCAGAAGUGAGUAGAUUUGUUUUGCAAAGUGAUGCAAAGGCUUUCGUGCCAUCGUACCCCAAAUCUCUCACUGAGUUGUUUGGAAAAUCCUCUAUAUUGCUCAUCAAUGGAAGCUUGCAUAGGAGAUUUCAUGGACUCCUUGGAUCCUUCUUCAAAUCUCCACAUCUCAAAGCUAAGAUCACCCAUGACAUGCAAAAAUACGUGAAGGAAUCAAUGGGGAAUUGGAGAGAUGAUCACCCCACUUACAUCCAAGAUGAAGCCCAGAAUAUUGCCUUUCAAGUACUGGUGAAGGCAUUGAUAAGUGUGGAUCCAGGAGAUGACAUGGAUUUUUUGAAGAAGCAAUUUCAUGAGUUCAUGGCUGGUCUCAUGUCAUUACCAAUCAAACUACCUGGAAGUAGACUCCACAGAUCCUUACAGGCAAAGAAGAAAAUGAUUGAGUUAGUGCGUAAAAUUAUCCGUGAUAAAAGGAGCAGGGGCAUUUCAGUAAUUCCACAAGAUGCAGUGGAUGUUUUACUCAAUGAUGCAAGUGAAGAGCUAACUGACGAUCUAAUUUCAGGGAAUAUGAUAGAUUUAAUGAUACCUGGUGAAGGUUCGGUGCCGGUUCUUAUAACUCUUGCCGUAAAAUACCUUUCAGAUUGCCCUCCUGCCCUCCUACAAUUAAUAGAUGAGAAUUUGGAAUUGAAGAGAGUUAAAGACCUGGUUGGACAGCAGUUGAGUUGGAACGAUUACCUAUCUCUUCCAUUCACACAAAUGGUGAUUACAGAAACUCUAAGGAUGGCGAACGUUAUUGUAGGGGUAAUAAAAAAGGCCAUGAAAGAUGUGGAGAUUAAGGGUUGUCUGAUUCCAAAGGGAUGGUGUGUUUUAACAUACUUCAGAUCAGUUCAUUUCGAUGAUAAUCUGUAUGACCGGCCUUAUGAGUUCAACCCAUGGAGGUGGAAAGACAAAGAGAUGAGCUCUAACAGUAGUAGCUUUACUCCAUUUGGAGGGGGACAAAGGUUGUGUCCUGGGAUUGACUUGUCCAGGCUGGAAGCCUCCAUCUUUCUCCACCAUUUUGUUACUCAAUUCAGAUGGGUAGCUGGGGCUGAUUCAGUUAUCCACUUCCCCACUGUUAGAAUGAAGAAAAGAAUGCCAGUUUGGGUGAAAAGGAGAAGUGAAAUUUGACAUAUGGGUACACUGGACAACUAUAAUGAUCUUGUCCAAUGAAUCAAUCAAACCUUUUGGAGGGGACUUCCACAGAGUUUUAUAGGAGAGGAGACAAACAAACGUGCAAAGAAAGAAGGCAUAAGGAUUACAAGAAAAGUGUUUUGUCGAGUGCACACGUUGGGUGGAGUCAUCUGAAGUCACAUUGUUCUGCUUUGUUAAGAAAAGGAAUUGACACAUUACGUGUGGACAAUAUACGCAUUUUUCGGGGGACCCUUUUGUUUGUUCCUAGUGCUCUUUUUCUUCCUUCCUACUAUACUCUAUUUACCUUUUUGUACAGAUGCAAUAAAAGGUUGGACCCAAUGGAGCUU